AUGGAUCCCUCUUCUUCCUCUGAAUCUUUGGAGUCUUUGGUCCUCCCCGCUGAGCUGCCAGCCUUUGGGCAUGCGAUGAAGGAGUAUUUUCAUUUUGAUCCUGAAUACAUCAACUUGAAUCAUGGCUCCUAUGGAUCUCUUCCUCGACUGGUUAGUGCUUGGUGCAAUGCUCUAUCUGACAAGAUCGAAACGAAUCCGGAUCUGUUCAUGCGAUUGACCUACCAGCCCAUGUUGGUCGCCGUACGCGAAAAAGUUGCUAGCUUUAUCGGAGUCAGUGAUGUCAGUGAGGUGGUAUUAGUCCCGAACGCAUCGCAUGGGGUUAACACGGUCCUGAGGAACUUUAUCUGGGAAGCGGGUGAUGUUAUAGUUAGCUGCAAUACAACAUAUGGCUCGGUAUCCCGAACGGCGCAGUAUAUUUCCGACGUCCCACCCCAUCCGGAGAUUGCGCAGUUCACUCUCCUCUUUCCUACGACCAAGGAGGAUAUUAUCUCUCGAUGGAGGGAGCAUUUAAGGUCGGUUCGAGAGCGCGUCGGAAAGAAUGCGAAAAUAGUUGCUGUUAUCGACGCGAUUAUAUCUACCCCAGGAGCUCUUCUUCCUUGGGAGGACAUGGCAGAUAUCUGCCGUGAAUUCGAGGUAUGGAGCGUUGUAGAUGCAGCACAUGCCAUUGGACAACAGUCCGGAAUUAAACUCGACGAAGUCAAACCAGAUUUCUGGAUAAGCAAUUGUCACAAGUGGUUGUUCGCAAAGAGGGGCGUUGCGGUAUUGUACGUUCCUAAAAGGAACCAGCAUAUCGUCAAGUCGAGCUUUCCGACGUCGGCUACCUACAUAUCGCCCGAGGACCGUACAGGACUAAACUUUGUGGAACAGUUCGAAUGGAAUGGAACCAUUGACUUGGUGCCGUACUUCAGCAUUUCUGCGGCGCUUGAUUUCCGCAAGUGGCUUGGCAGCGAAGGCGCGAUCAACGAGUAUUGUCAUAAGCUAGCAAUCGAGGGGGGUAAAGCUCUGGCGAAAGUUUUGAACACGAAAGUCAUGGAUGAAGACGGCCAGUUUACUGCGCAUAUGGUCAACGUAGUCAUGCCGCUUCCUGGUCACCUGAAGCCGACGGUGGAAUUAGAUCUGAUGUUCAAACAGAAGCUGCUGGUCGAACACAAGGCGUACGCCACUCAUUGUUAUCAUAAUGGGAUGUGGUGGGCGAGAUGUAGCGCCCAGGUUUGGAAUGAGGUCGAGGAUUUCCAGAAGCUCGGAAAGGUUCUCCUUACAGUAUGCAGUGAGAUCAAGGAGGAAUAUAGAAGAAAUUGAAUACCGAUAUUGAGGGCGUACUGGUACAUGGUCCCCGACAAAUUCUGUAAGUUACGUGUCAUCUACAGGAGCGAGUGUCAAAGAGGGCGUCCGUGCAAGUCAUCCCAUUUUCUUUGAAUUUCGACGUUUUUCCUCUUCCAAUGCAUGCGUUAUCAGGCGUUCU